GCCGCCGCAGUCGUCCUCGUCGCUGUCCCCCGCAGACGCCGAGCCCCGCGAGCCCGGGGCGCGCAGACAUGGGCGGCCGCAGCAGAGCUCACUGGGUGGCCACGGGACUGGGCGUCCUAGGGCUGCUCCUCGCCGCGCUGGGCGCUGUCAUGAUGGUCAUGGUGCCCUCGCUCAUCAAGCAGCAGGUUCUUAAGAAUGUGCGCAUUGAUCCCAACAGCCUGUCCUUCAGCAUGUGGAAGGAGAUCCCUGUCCCCUUCUACCUCUCUGUUUACUUCUUUCACGUGAGCAACCCCGAUGAGAUCCUGAAGGGCGAGAAGCCACAGGUGGAGGAGCGUGGACCCUAUGUGUACAGGGAGUUCAGACAUAAGACCAACAUCACUUUCAACCCCAAUGACACAGUGUCCUUCGUGGAGUUCCGAAGCUUCCAGUUCCAGCCAGACAAGUCCAAGGGCUCAGAGAAUGACUACAUUGUCUUGCCCAACGUGCUGGUCCUGGGGGCAGCAGUGAUGAUGGAAAACCAGCCCAUGAGCCUAAAACUGUUCCUGACCUUGGCACUGACCACCAUGGGCCAGCGUGCCUUCAUGAACCGCACAGUGGGAGAGAUCAUGUGGGGCUACGAGGACCCCUUUGUUAAUCUCAUCUCUAAGUACUACCCAGACAUGUUCCCCAUCAAGGGCAAGUUCGGGCUGUUUGCUGGGAUGAACAACUCGUACUCCGGGGUCUUCACCGUGUUCACAGGGGUCCAGAACUUCAGCAGAAUCCACCUCGUGGACAAGUGGAACGGUCUCACCAAGGUCAACUAUUGGCGUUCUGAUCAGUGCAAUAUGAUUAAUGGAACUUCUGGGCAGAUGUGGGCACCAUUCAUGACUCCCAAAUACUCAUUGGAAUUCUACAGCCCCGAUGCCUGCAGAUCCAUGAAGCUCGUCUAUCAUGAGUCAAGGGUGUUUGAAGGCAUCCCCACCUAUCGCUUCGUGGCUCCCAAAACCCUGUUUGCCAACGGGUCUGUCUACCCACCUAACGAAGGCUUCUGCCCAUGCCUCGAGUCCGGCAUCCAGAACGUCAGCUCCUGCAGGUCAGGUGCACCCCUGUUUCUCUCCCACCCUCACUUCUACAACGCUGACCCCACGUUGUCAGAAGCUGUGCUCGGCCUGCGACCUGACCCCAAGGAGCAUUCCUUGUUUCUGGACGUCCACCCGGUCACCGGGAUCCCCAUGAACUGCUCUGUGAAGCUGCAGCUCAGCCUCUACAUGAAGUCUGUCAAGGGCAUCGGGCAAACUGGGAAGAUACAGCCAGUGGUCCUGCCUCUGCUGUGGUUUGGUCAGAGUGGAGCCAUGCAGGGUGAGCCGCUGCACACGUUCUACACGCAGCUGGUGCUGAUGCCCACGGUGCUGCACUACGCCCAGUAUGUGCUGCUGGCGCUGGGUGGCCUGCUGCUGCUCGUGCCCGUCAUCUUCCUGAUUCGCAGCCAGGAACCCCAAGACAUCAUGUGCCAGCCAAGCCUGGUGACUCAGUCAGACUGGCCCCCCAGCCCCCAUGCCCCACUUCUUGAAGACUCUCUCAGUGGGCAGCCUGACAGUCCCACAACCUGAGCCCCCGGGUGUCACAUGUACCUGACUGUACAGCACACGUGUGUUGAGGCAUGUGCAAAAGCCACUCAGGGAUGGAGCUGUUGCUGAGUGCACCCAAAGAGGCAAGGCUGCAAGCAGUCUGUCUCCAAAUGACGCCCGCGCCUCACCCAGGAGCCCUGCCUGGGAGGACCCCAGCCUGGCCCAUGGCCCACCCACUGCUCCUGUUUCCUUGUCAGCUCUGAACACUGCCAUGCCCCGCUGAGCAGGCCUGUCACUCCCAGGGGCCUGGUGCUGUCCUGGGAGGCAGGCUGGCAUGAGGCAGUCUCCUGUGCCAAAGCCAGGUCUAAGAGGUGCUCCGUUGUCCCUACCCCGUGGGACUCUGAUGUCCCUUAGUCCACACAAGUUCUGUGGCAGUGACUGGACUCUUCUUUCAGCCUCCACUGAAGUUACUUGCUCAGUGAGCUGGCCACUUGUGGCUGUGGUGGCAGGUCCUUCUCCAAGCUCCCCUCAGUCCCCUGCUUUCAGGUGCCAGGUCAGAGGUGGAAGCAUGGGACCUGGUCCAGUGGCCCAGCAUGUCUCCGCCCUGGGGGGCUGGGAAGACCACCUCCUGGUUUAUGUCCCUGGGGUAAGCCUCUGUCCCUUUUCUACUGGAAAGAGAAAUGAAUUUUAUCAUCUUUUAAAAGUAACUCACAAUUUAAGCAAUAAACAUUUUUAUGAAUUGAA